AUGUGUCAUCGCACUCCAUCCACCUCUCACGAGACCACCUCGUCAGCUUCUUCACACUCGCUUCGAGGCAAACAACGUCGCCGCUUGUCGUCGACACCCGACAACUCCGCACUGUCUUCUUCUUUGACUGCAAGCAUCCAAUCGAAUUCCGCCAACGCCUCCCAAAACAUCGAGGACCAUCCAUAUUUCCUGAAAGCACAAAAAUCGCAAUCCCAAAUCCGGGUAGACCCGGUCUCCGAACGGGUGAAUCGCGUCGGUGGAGUUAACGGCGAUACAUGCGCCAGCUGUAGUAUUUCGCUCCCCGAAGAUGUCAGCAAAAAGCUGCCGACCAGUGUCCCGGGCCAAUCCGACGGUGAGAGUGGCAGAGGAGCGAAAAACAACAGCCCCGUUUUGAGGUCUAGAGAAGUCGUGCACUCGUGCGGUGGCGGCAGUAACCGACACUCGGAUAUCUGUGCUGAAGACGAGUCGCAUGAGCACGAUGCACAACAUGCAUCCCUGCCGGACUCUGUACAUUCCGUUUCGGUCACUUCCUCAUCCUCCGACAGCUCGUGUCACACUCAUAUCUUGACCUACCUCUCCCUUCACGGGCCCCCCAAUCCAAACGACUACGCCUUACUCCGACAGUCAUCCAUCCGUACCCUGAGCUGCGAGCUCCUCCCGCGCGGUCUGUCGUCUGGGCCCUUGUGUUUUGGUGACCCCGUGGCCGGUUACACAGUCGCCUACGUGUUCCGCCUACCCGACCCAAUGGCACGCGGAAAGCGUCGCAGCUAUGCACUGAUAGCUCUGGCUGGGAAAGAUGCUGGACGCGCCUUCCGAGCUUCUCCGAUCAUCUGGCGCAUUUUCCAGCGUAUUGCCGCGGGUAUUGUGACAGCCGCAGAGAAGCAUCAAGAAGAAGAAAAGAUGCGUGAAGAGCAGGCUUUUCGUUCGUCGAAUGCUUCAGUCGCGACAGGCCGUCAUGACUAUACUCCUGUUUCCUCUUUUUUAACAGGACGAACGCUAGAUGCUAAUGGCAAUCCGCGCCGUGCGGGUCAGAUUCGAGCUAGGAAUCUAGCCGAAAUCGUGGGCAACGAAUACAUCUUCGCCGAACUGCACGCUCAAUUUGUGACGCUGCUCCAACAAUUGGGGAACAUGUUUGGUGGUGCCCCGAUUUCCGACGAUCGCUUUGUCUGCAGUACAGUUUCGUCGACAGAAUCAGCCAUGCAGUCCCGUCGCACAAGCGUAGCCAUGCCUACCAACACUAUGAAUAACAACAAUCAGAAACCCGGCCACAAUAGACGACCGAGUGAUUUGACACUAUCGAGCUUGAAUAUCUCGUCUGGCCCUCAACCAAUACCAAUUUCGCCGCGACGACCAAUCGUUGCUUAA